UCCUACACAUCGACGAGGAGGGAGAGGUCUCGCUCAUAAAUACUGACUUCAAGACAGCAAAGGGAACUGUAUAUGUACAGGACAUCCCUCCAGACCCUGAACCAGCCUUCAUAACCACAGGCACAAUGGCAGAUGCAAGCUUUCAGCAGGAGUUCCUGGAAACCCACAAUGCCUACAGGCUGAAGCACAACACGCCCGAGAUGACCCUUAGCAGCGAGCUGUCUGCUUCAGCUCAGAAAUGGGCCGAUCACCUGCUGGCAAUCAACACCCUGCAACACAGUGACACUCAGGACGGAGAGAACAUCUACAAUAUGUGGAGCUCAGCAACCCUUAAACUGACAGGGAAAGAAGCUGUAGAUUCGUGGUACAGUGAGAUCAAGGAUUACAACUGGAGCUGCCCUGGAUUCAGCGGCAAUACUGGUCAUUUUACUCAGGUGGUGUGGAAAGACAGCAAAGAACUGGGCGUGGGCAUGGCCACUGAUGGCCACAAGGUCUUUGUGGUUGGGCAGUACCGGCCAGCUGGCAACAUGAACAUGCCGGGAUACUUUGAGAAAAACGUCCUCCCAAAAGCGUAAAAGACAGCUGGCAGAGAGGUGGGUGGAGCAGACAAGACUUCCAGUGAGGAAGGUGCAGUGAGCCCAAGGAAAACUUCACACUGCUCCUGAUCGUUGACCCCAACACACUGUUGCUAAAUGUUCCAUGGGAAAAAUCCAAAAUAAUAAAUAUACUGCUUGGCUGAGCAUUGUUCUUACACAUUACUGUUUAAAUGACUUAUGUUGUUGUGAAUAUAGCAAAUAUAAAAAUGCAUCUGCAGUAUCCUGUAUUUUGUGUCAAUGCGAUGACCUUAGUAUAAUUUUGCCAACCCACUCCUUUAAUUCUUAAUACAUUUAAUUUUAUGCCACCAUUAAAUAUAUCACAUUGUAUA